GGGCACCGCCCAAUGGGAGGUGUGGAUAGUGAGGGGUCCCGCACGCCUGGAGCAGAGAGGGUCUGUGUCAAGAGCGGCGGGGGCUGCAGGAGGCAAGAGAGACGGAUAUCUGGCACCAUGGGGCAUGCGUCUGCUUCUGAGUCACAUGUUCAUUGAAAACUGAGGCUCCAGCACUGGAUCCAGGCUUGCUGAUUGAUAGAGGCUGGCACUGCCCUCCUCACCAUGGCAGAGGUGGUAGCUGAGGUGGCUGAGCUGCCGACACAGAUGUCGCCAGGGACGGUGGAGACGUCAACACCAAUGUUCGGGGAGAUGACAGAGAUGUCGGAGAUGUCAACAGAGGUGACCGAGAUGACACCUGGGGAGGCUCUGGCCUCGUCCCUUUUCUUCCAGCAUCACCAGUUCAUGUGCUCUGAAUGUGGCAGCCUCUACAACACGCUGGAGGAAGUCCUCUCGCACCAGGAACAGCAUGUGCCCACUGUCACUGAGGACGAGGCACUGGCCGCCCAAGAUCCUGGCCUGGAGCCGGAGCUCAUGGCAGGGACUGAGGAUGGGCCUUUCCAGUGUGGGGAGUGCAGCCAGCUCAUCCUGUCCCCCGGCGAGCUCCUGGCCCACCAGGACGCCCACCUCCGGGAGUCUGCAAGCCAGAUCCAGUACCAGUGCGGGGACUGCCAGGAGCUCUUCCCCUCGCCUGAGCUGUGGGUGGCUCAUCGCAAGGCCCAGCACCUUUCUGCACCACCCCCUCCACCCCCCGACCCACCUGAAGUUAAGAUGGAGCCCUACGAGUGUCCCGAGUGCUCUACUCUCUGUGCCACUCCUGAGGAGUUCUUGGAGCAUCAGGGCACCCACUUCGACUCCCUAGAGAAAGAAGAGCGUAACGGGCUAGAAGAGGAGGAGGAGGAAGAGGAGGAGGAGGAAGACACAGAGGAAGACACAGAGGAGGAAGAGGAAGUGGUGGCAGAGGUCGGUGGUGAUGCUGCGGGAGGCGACAGGGCCACAGCCGGCCGGGCCCAGGGCUGUGGGGAUUGUCCCCAACACUGGACCUCUGCCGAGGUGCGCCGGCGACACCGACGGGCCUCCCGCGGCCCGGCAUCGGCGGCCCACCCCUUCCACUGCAGCCAGUGCCAGCGCAGCUUCAGCUCAGCCAACCGGCUGCUGGCUCACGGGCGGGCCCACGUUGGGGGCACACACGAGUGCACCACCUGCUCAAAAGUCUUCAAGAAAGCCGCCUCCCUGGAGCAGCACCUGCGGCUGCACCGCGGCGAAGCGCGCUACCUCUGUGUGGACUGUGGCCGCGGCUUCGGCACGGAGCUCACAUUGGUGGCUCACCGGCGGGCGCACACUGCGAACCCCCUGCAUCGCUGCCGUUGCGGCAAGACAUUCAGCAACAUGACCAAGUUUCUGUACCACCGGCGCACGCACGCGGGCAAGAGCGGGGCGCCCCCCUCGGCAGUGGCACCAGCAGCCUCCCCGGCGCCCGCCGAGCCCGCACCCCCGCUGCCGCCCCCCACGCCACCUGCCCAGCUGCCCUGCCCCCAGUGCUCCAAGUCCUUCGCCUCGGCCUCCCGGCUCUCCCGGCACCGGCGCGCCGUGCAUGGGCCCCCCGAGCGGCGGCAUCGCUGCGGCGUCUGCGGCAAGGGCUUCAAAAAGCUGGUCCACGUGCGCAACCACCUGCGGACGCACACGGGCGAGAGGCCCUUCCAGUGCCACUCGUGUGGCAAGACCUUCGCUUCCUUGGCCAACCUCAGCCGCCACCAGCUGACCCACACGGGCGUGCGGCCCUACCAGUGCCUGGACUGUGGCAAGCGCUUCACGCAGAGCUCCAACCUGCAGCAGCACCGGCGGCUGCACCUGCGGCCCGUGGCCUUCGCCCGCGCACCCCGCCUCCCCAUCACCGGCCUGUACAACAAGAGCCCCUACUACUGCGGGGCGUGCGGCCGCUGGUUCCACGCCCUGGCCGGCUUGCGACUGCACCAGCGGGUUCACGCCCGCGCGCGGCCCGGGCCCCUGCAGCCGCCCCGGUCUCCACCUCCCGCCCCGCCCCCGCCCCCCGAGCCUCAGCAGACUAUCAUGUGCACUGAGCUUGGGGAAACCAUCGCCAUCAUCGAGACGUCCCAGCCACUGGCGCUCGAGGACACGCUGCAGCUGUGCCAGGCCGCACUGGGGGCCAGCGAGGCCAGCGGACUGUUACAGUUGGACACGGCCUUCGUGUGACGCAGCUGAAGAGCGGCAGUAAAAGAGUUUGGUGGCGACAGCAGUUGUGGGCCCCUCUGGGGAGCAAGGGGUCCCCCACUCCCCAACUCCCCCCACCUCCCGGCAAGCCACUCCUGGCACCCACUGGGUGCCAGGAUUCACCCCGGCCUCUUACCCACUGACUCCUCACAAGAGCCCUGCCCAGGUGUCUCUCGCCACUUUCUCUGCCUAUGGGGAAACGGAGGCUCUGAGGCCUGAUGUGACCCAUCCCAGGUCACCCCACUGCAUUGCAAAACAGGGCUGGCCAAGGCUCUUUGCUCCGCAUCCAUGUCCCUGGUGCCCAGCAACAUCAGGUAACCUUUCCUGAGCCCCAGCCACGUGCCACAUUGGUGCUGGGCACUGUCGAAUACCUCUUCAGCUCUCCCUUGUCCCCAGGCCCUCCCCUCUCCUGGACCCUGGGCACCCGGGACUUGGCUCUGCCUGGUGGAGAAAGGUACUUGAUUUCUCUGGGCUUCCUUAGCUCACUUUUGACAAUGUGGAAGGAAAUCUAUAGGUACUCAGGUACUCCACCACGGGCCGGGUGAUGCCGGAGCCCCAGGAAUGACUCAGAGCCAGGCUGUACCCCAGGAGGCACACAGUGGGGUAGGAGGAGCACCCAAGUACAGAUGGCCUUGCUCUCUGGA